AUGCGUCGUCUUGUCGAAAUGAACCUUGCCUAUAUUGAACAUUAUGAAGCAUCGAAUCUUGAUCAACUCUCAGUUAAAUCAUAUUUGAAAUCGGAUGGAGGCAUUAACACAUGUGAUCUUACUCUUCCUAUUGGAUUAGGUACUUUUAUGCAACAGAUAGUUGAACGAAAUCCUCUACCUAUUCAAUUAAAUACUAUUGUUACAAAUAUUGAUAUUCCCAGUGACAAGAACGAACCUAUUCGUAUAACUACAAAAGAUAAUCGUCAUUAUUUAACGAAAUAUGUUCUGAUUACAAUUCCACUUGGUUGUUUAAAAGCAAAUUCAAUUCAAUUUACUCCACCAUUACCCGAUUGGAAACAAAAUGCUAUUGAUCAAAUGGGUUUAGGAUUGUUGAAUAAAAUUUUUAUUCAAUAUCCAUCGACGUUUUGGGAUGAGAAAUUAGAUGAUCUUUUUAUUGCUUCAAAUAGCUUUCGAUUUUUUGUUUGUCAUCCACAUGAUCAUAUACUUGUUGCAUUCGUUUGUGGUCGUUUUGCACGUAAAUUAGAACAACAAACAGAUGAAGAAAUCGUUGAAGAAAUCAUUCAAUGUUUAAAACCCAUCUAUCCACAAAUACCAAAACCAAUAAAAUGGUUAGUUACUCGAUGGAGUUGUGAUCCAUUUGCCUAUGGCUCAUAUUCAAAUUUCAAAGUUGGUGCUACACAUGAAACUUCACGAGAAUUAGCAAAAGAAUGUUAUGAUAAUCGAAUAUAUUGGGCAGGUGAACAUACAAACUAUGGUGGAACUAUUGGAUGUGUCGAUAGUGCUUUUGAGAGUGGUCAAAGUGAAGCAAAGCGUAUUUAUAAUAAAUUAAAUAUAUUGUUUCGAGACUGA